AAACCAACGAACUCAAGAAACCCAUCAAUCUAAAACACUAAUUUCUUCAGAUUUUCUCUGAAAAAAAAUUCUGAGUCAUGGCUUACAACAAUACCAAUAGUAACAACAAUACCAAUAGUAACAACAACAACAACAUUGUCGUUGUCUUCGACUUCGACAAGACCAUCGUCGACGUUGAUAGCGACAAUUGGGUAAUCGAUGAACUUGGCUUCACUGAUUUGUUCAAUCAACUUCUCCCCACGAUGCCUUGGAACACACUCAUGGAUCGUAUGAUGAAGGAGCUUCAUGAUCAAGGCAAAACCAUUGAGGAGAUCAAACAAGUUCUAAGAACAAUCCCAAUCCAUCCACGUGUCGUCCCUGCCAUCAAAGCUGCACAUGAUUUAGGGUGUGAGCUUAGGAUAGUGAGCGACGCGAACAUGUUCUUCAUCGAGACCAUCGUUGAGCAUCUCGGGAUUACUGAAUUCUUCUCUGAGAUCAACUCGAACCCUGGAUUUGUCGAUGAACAUGAAGACACAUUGAGAAUUUCUCCUUACCACGAUUUCACUAAAUCCUCUCAUGGUUGCUCUCAUUCCACUUGCCCUCCUAACAUGUGCAAGGGUUUAAUCAUUGAGAGAAUUCAAGAAUCUCUAGCUAAAGAAGGGAAGAAGAAGAUGAUCUAUUUAGGAGAUGGAGCUGGUGAUUACUGUCCGAGUUUAAAACUAAAAGCUGGAGAUUACGUGAUGCCACGUAAGAAUUUCCCGGUUUGGGAUCUGAUUAGUCAGAAUCCUAUGCUGAUUAAAGGAGCGAUUAGAGAAUGGACCGAUGGUGAAUCCUUGGAGAAGGUAUUAAUGGGAAUCAUCGAGGAGAUUAGAUUGGAGGAAGAGAAGGAGAAGAACAUGUUGAGUACUAGUGCGGAGAGUAAUUGCAAGAUGCAGACGAUCUCUGUUGGGAUUAAUGUUCAUCAUGAUCCAAUAUUGCCUCGUGCUCUUCAAGUUUCUCAGUCUAGCUAGAUGUUUUAAUAUGCAGUAGUGGACAGGAAGGAGAAGAUAAACCGUUGGUCUCUUCUUCUUCUUCCUCUUCUUCUUCUGCUUAAUUAAUUCGUCGUAUUCCAGAAAGACUGGAAUUUAUCCUAAUUAUGAUGUGACGAUGGAAUUGCAGUAAGAUUGUGUGUGCGUGUGUGUGUGAUUUUUGUUUUAACAAUAGUACUCUCUUGACUAGUUGGUUGAUAUAUAAUUUUCGAUUUUUAUUACCGCAUAUUAAUUAAUGUUAUAAUGAAUAACAUAAGUUACUGUCU